CAUGGCGUCCGCGAGGUUAUUGCUAUGAGUGCUGCUCCGUUUUCUAUUGUUAAAUGUGGCAUCGUCGCGCGACGUGCGGACUGACGCGGAGCGUCGUGUCCUCGGGGCGGCGAGCGCGCCUGCUUGAACGCCGCGUGACCCGAGUCGGCCGGGCGUAGGAGCGAGCCGCCGGCGAGAAAAACAGGCCUCGUCAACACACAGAGAUAGAGAGAGAGAGAGAGAGAGUGGGCUCAUAGGUAUACACACCCUGACGCGGGGCCGCCGAGACUGGUAUUUAACAGCGUAUCGCCGUCUCCUCCGCCGAAACUCGUCCCGCGAUCGCGGACCGUCGACGCUCGUCCCCGCGGUAGGCCGAGCGAGGUCCGUGCGCGCGGACACGGAAUGCCGGUCCCCGUGAAAUUGUUUUCGCACACGGGGUGGUGAGAAGAGAGAGCGAUCGCAUCCUCUCUCUCUCCCUCUCUCUCUCUCGUCCGGUCGCUCAUUCGCUCCCUCCCGUCGCGCAGGGGACGUCGUCGCGUACCCGAUGGGAAACACGGCGGUCACGCUGACGAUUUCGCACACCCGUAGUACUUACAAGCGCCGAGCAGGGGGGGAGUGCCAGCCGAUGUAAACGGGCUGCCCCCCAUCUCUCUCACCGGUGCUCCUGGCCUCGGUAAUCCGUCGAGAGGACGGCGCUCCUGAUAUGUGUGCUCACUUGCCCGCGACAAGGGACAAAACGGUGAACAACAGGCUGGUGGUCGCGCGCCGCGCACGAGGUAACGGGCUAUCGGUGCGCGAGAGAAGAGGGAAAGGGUGUGAUUUACGCAGAAGAGAGGAGUAAGGAAAGUGUCGAGCCAUAUGCCGCCGGCCGGGCUAUCGGCGAGAGGCUUGUCUACCUUGAUGGACCACGGACAACCGGACGCUCGUCAUCGGAGCGAGCGUUUCCUACUCUACCCAGAGAAUGGCUCCUCACAUCCGAACACGGCCAACUCAUCACCGCGGUACCAACACAACAGCAGAACCAAUAGUCGUAACAUUAGUUACGGGUACAUAUAUGGACAUACAUCUAGCAACAAUAUGUCUGACAGCAGCGUUUCCGAUACACAUAGCGGUGGAACUGCAAGAACUGUCUCUCAACAGACUAGUCCAUCCCAUGGUACACAUUCCUCUUCUCAGUCGCGACAGGACAACAGCACCACUAUCUUCACAGCCCUCUUUGAUUACGUUGCUCAGGGUGAAGAUGAGUUAUCUCUUCAGAGAGGGGAAACUGUUGAGGUUUUGUCGAAGGACUCGAAAAUCUCAGGCGACGAAGGAUGGUGGACUGGAAAAGUGCACGGGAAGGUGGGCAUUUUUCCAGCGAACUUCGUCGCGGAGGCAGAGAGCAUCGAUCGAGUCUCGUCGGUGAUCGAUAAGGUGCAACCUGUCGAGAUCAAUUUCGAGGAGCUGCAAUUGGAGGAAGUGAUAGGGGUCGGAGGUUUCGGGAAAGUGUACAGGGGCUUUUGGAAGGGCCGCGAGGUAGCCGUGAAGGCUGCGCGCCAGGACCCGGACGAAGAGCCCAGUGUAACGUUAGAAAAUGUUCGGCAGGAAGCGAAAUUAUUCUGGUUAUUGAAACAUGAAAAUAUUGUGCAAUUAGAGGGGGUGUGUAUAAAGAUGCCCAAUAUGUGUCUUGUGAUGGAGUACGCCCGCGGUGGCAGUCUCAAUAGAGUCCUUAGCGGCAGGAAAAUAAGACCCGACGUGUUGGUUGAUUGGGCGAUACAGAUCGCACGUGGGAUGGAUUACCUCCACAACAAGGCUCCCAUAAGCCUCAUCCACAGGGAUCUGAAAAGCUCCAAUGUGUUGCUGAGCGAGCCGAUCGAAAACGACGACCUGCAAUACAAAACCCUGAAGAUCACGGACUUCGGAUUGGCGAGAGAGGUCUACAAGACAACCCGCAUGUCAGCGGCGGGCACUUACGCCUGGAUGGCGCCGGAGGUGAUCAAGAAGAGCACUUUUAGCAAAGCCAGUGACGUAUGGAGCUACGGCGUGCUGCUGUGGGAACUCCUGACGGGAGAGAUACCGUACAAAGGUAUCGACACUCUGGCUAUAGCGUACGGUGUCGCCGUUAAUAAGCUGACUCUACCUAUACCAUCCACUUGUCCUCAACCCUGGAGGUACCUCAUGGAAGAAUGUUGGGCAUCGGACAGCCAUGCUCGGCCUGGGUUCGCGGAGAUUUUAUUAGCUCUGGAGGAAGUGCGAGACGCGUUCGCGGCAACGCCACACGAGUCUUUUCACACGAUGCAGGAAGACUGGAGGCUGGAGAUCGAGCAAGUUCUGCACGGACUGCGCAUGAAGGAAAAGGAGCUGCGCUGUAGAGAGGAAGAACUGACGAAGGCACAGGUGCAACAGAGACAGCACGAAGAAAAUCUGAGGCAACGGGAGCAGGAGUUAGCCGCGCGCGAGAUAGAUCUCUUGGAAAGGGAACUCACCGUGAUGAUUAUUCAGCAGCAGAACACGCCUACGCCGAACAAGAGACGCGGCAAAUUUAAGAAGUCGCGGUUGAAAUUGAACAAGAAGGAGCCUGGAAGCAACAUCAGUGCGCCAUCGGAUUUUCGUCACACGAUCACCGUUCAGCACACAGCUUCAGAUCGGGGCAAGGUGAGGAACCCGUCGAGACCCAACAGCCCACCAGCCUCACCCAGCAUUCCAAGACUCAGAGCGAUCGCAUUACCGGCGGACGGAGUAAAGGGUAAGACUUGGGGACCGUCUACGCUGCAUCAGCGGGAACGCGGGGCUAUUAUCACCCAGCCGCCGAAUCCCGCCUCCCCUGGCGGCAAACGCUGGUCCCGUUCCGCGCCAGAUCUCGAAAAGACACCGCUGCGUACAGCCCUGUUGGCGAACGCGCACCGCUCCCCGCUUCUCCAGGAAAUAGGCCUCUCUGAGGAAAGCAUCUACCACACCCAUUACACAGCGUUACCGCCCGACCUCUCGACCGACUGGAUUACGUCGGAUUAUCCGCUGAAGCCCGGCCUGACCGGGCCGUACAUCAUGCCGAUGGCCGUUCCGAUGCCCACCCUGUACAACGGCGAGACGAAGAAACCAAAGCUAAGCAUCAUCGAGCUGGUGCUGUACAACAUCGCGGCGAUGCUGGCCGGCGUCGCCACCGGCUACGACGUCAGAAUGUCGAACAUAUCCCCGAUCCACCCGCGGCUGUAUCCCCGGCUGGGCGAGUGCGAAGAGGAGCAGCCCAGGUGGUGGUUUCAAGCGGACACCGGCUCGAAUCGCAACUCUUAUCUCGGCGCUGAUUACGAGUUCAGCUCGAGCAGCGGCUAUCCGCACAACACUUAUCACGGACGGGCACACCAUUACAGGCCGUUCCUAAGUAACAUGGGUGGCAUAGCGCCUGGCCUUCCGGCGAUGCCGGACAAGCCUUUGCGCUUCACGGACUCCCCGCAGCAUUACACGAGCAGCACGACGGGCUCGAACGCCCCGACGCCGAGCCCGAGGAGAAAGAGCAGCAGCACCAGCAACGAGGACGCGUACUCGCACGACGCGGCUCGCGCCGACCGGAUGGAGAGGGUGCCGACGAUAUACAUGGGCAACGUCGCCCCGUUCCCGGAUUACGGCCCGCCGGUGUACACCGUCGUGCCGCCGGAGUAUUAUCGAUCCCCUGAACCGCCGUACUACGUACCUACGGAAUGUCACGACCGGAUGCUCGAAUGCCCCGAGUUCCCGCACGCGUACGACAAUCCCAGCAGCAUGAACAGCCCGGCCCGGCCGGUGUCGAGACUUCUGCCUUACACGCACCACCGCACCUCGUCGAACGUGUCGAACGCGAGCACGUCGAGCCAGAGCAACGUGAACCCGACGUUUCGUCUGGAGGACGAGGACGACUGCGGCUGUCCGUACUCGCCGGUGCCGUAUUACCAGCGGCCGUCGAACGUGAUCUCGAACCUGGCGUCGACCUACAGCUCGAGCAUACUCAACCACGAGUACGGCUCGCCGUUGCUGACCCGGCAGAACUCCCACGACUCCAGCACGAACUCCGGCGAGAGACCGAGCAACCUGGAGGUGAUCACGCGGCUGCGCUCGAGCCUGAAGCGGUCCAGCUACUCGUACAACUCGCCGAGCAAGAGCGUGAGUAAGAACAACUCGGGCUCGGGCACGCCGACGAAUCCGACCCCGCCGGACUCGCUCACGUCCGAGGAUUCGAGCUACGUCUCCGCCAAGGACAGCCAGAUCUCCAUCGGCCGGGUGCGCUUCUCGCCGGUGACCUUCGACCGCGAUGUGUCGCGCGAUCACAGGGAGACGCUGCUGGACAUCCCGGUGCACGGACAGAGUCAGGACGUGACGGUGCCGCUGCAGGCGAACCGCCGGCUCAACAGGAGCCGGAAGCCGAGCAUCUCGGAACUCGAGAGGGAGUUCUUGUCAUAGCACUGGCUUAUUUAAGAUCGCGCGAGACUCACACGGUAGCAGGACUGCACUACGAGACAGAAGAGGGUUCGUCGAUGCUUUUUUUUUGUCUCUCACUGUUUGUCGGUGUCUCUCAUCUAGCCGAACGUAGGACGAUCCUCCUCUUCCGCGUCUCCGGUUAUACGGUCGCUCCUAUAAUCGAGACUCGGCAAAUCCAUCACCGUCCGUUCUCGUCACCGACAGCGACAAACUCGCGACGAGCGGAACGGAUGAUGCGCGUUGCCGAAGCACUGCCUCUCGCGGACGAUACUCAACCCGGUCGAGAUCGUACACUCAAUAGCAGGUCCGGGAACCUUACUGACAUUCCAUGUGUUACGCAAACACACGAUCCAGACGCGACUCGUGUCGUUGUAAAAGGCGCGAUGUAAUGCGCGAUUAGGUGAUUUUUUUAUUUCAUUACCUAGCGGUAUUUGAUACGCGUGUCACGGUAUAUAUAUAUAUAUAUACACAUAUAUAUAUAUAUGUGUGUGUGUGUGUGUGUGUGCCGUAUAUUGUAAGCGAAGGUUGCAAUUCUCUCUGUGCGCGUGUGUAUAUUUGAGUCGCGUAUAUUAUUAUUAUUAUUCCAAGAGUAAGUAUUCUUCUGCGAAUAUAUCGGAUGGUUCGACAAGUUCACGCGGAUUUUUCGAGAAACUUAGAGCCGAUACUCUCCGUUAGUCGGGCACAGCUUGAUUUUUCCCGGUUUUCUCGUUCACUUUCUCACGACUUUCCGUCGAACGAUCAACAUGUUAUUUGAAUCAUCCAGUUAGCGAAAUGUUAACCGCAUUCCGGCAGAUUGGCAGUGGAUUAAUAAAAGUGUCGCGGCAGGACAGAGUCCGCUAGCAUAAUUUCACAGCAGAUCGACGGCGGAAACCAAACAGGCAGUCCUGCAGUUCCAUUUGAAUAUAUUUAACGGAACGACAGAUCCUGCACGAUUUCCGCCGUCGAUCCGUCAUCAUACUCGGCCAACUGAUCCUGUUGUGUCUCUGCUGGCAAGCUGCUGAAAUUUACAGCAGGCGCGCAAUAUCUGUUUCCACAGACUCUCGUUAUCUGGAAAGUUAUAAUUAAAAAAGAAAAAUCGAUUCUUUUCAGUUUUCCGCAGAAAAAUGGUGAAAAACCCGAAUUUUUCCCAUUUUUUCGCGUUCUUUUUUUUGGUUUCUUUCCCAAGAACACAAAAGUUCGUUUCGAAAAAUUCACGUAUAUUCAGUUAAAACCUGCCACACUUGCUUUUUCCCGUAAAGAAGAUACGAGAAACCAGAAAAAAAUCCGUGGAAAAAUUGGGAGAAAAACUCGGUUUUUUCCGAGCCUUUGAAACCAUAUGGAAAGCUACGCCCAACUAUAAGAGUAUUGGCCUUGAAGCCUUCGCGAAAAUCCUUGUCGAGCAACCCAAUACACGGUGCGCCACUACAGCGCAGGCUGUAAAUCGGAAUCGAUUCCUGCGAGUCUCUCGAGAUUCCCGACGUCGAUUUCGCGAGGACUCCGCGACUGACCGGCGGCGAUAGCGGCACGCCGUGUGUGCGACGAUCUUAAAUGAUAAAAGGCAAAUACACGAAGAAAAUCGAGAAAUGUCUCGGCAAUUAGAUCAAUCUGAUUGAUGAGUCGACGAGGAAGAUGACAAAAGCCGACGGUGGAGUCGGUGUGCGCGGACGAAAAGUAUCUCCGGACAUUUUUCAGAACACUUCGACGUGACCAAUUCGGGUCCUCGCACCGACCGCGAAGGUGGAAGCGCCGCGCUUGGUGAAGAUCCUAACUGGUUGAAACGAUAUUCUUCUAACGGUAUAAUAAUAACAAUAAUCGGUAUAUAUCGCGUUGAACGGUACGAUAUAAUCGGUAAUAAUAUUGUUGAAUAACAAGCGCAUUAUAUAUCAUUCGGAAAUGUUCGUUCUACAGUUAUAAAGUUUCGUUCCCCCCCUCCCCCCCUUUUUCCCGCGGAUUUUUCCGGUUCUCUUUCUGUCCCAAGGAUUCCAAAAUUCGUUCGGAAAAAUUCACGCGCGUUCGAGUAAAACCCGUCGCAUUAUUUACUUUUUCCCUGAGAAAGAAGGUGAGAAGCCGGAAAAGUUCGCGGAUAAAUUGGGGGAAAAACGAAUCUUCGUCCGGAACUUUAAAACCGUGGAUCGUUCGAAGCUUGCCCGGCGUUCUUUGCAGUUUACUCGAUACCGAAAACAUUCCAGAAGCGAUGUCCUCGGCAUUUCAACAACACACGUGUAUUUAAUAAUGCGUGACGAGAAAAGUAAGCGGUACGUGUGUACGAAUACGCGGAAGAGAAAGGUCGUGUGCGUGUGUAUGUGUGCGUGUGCGUGCAAUUCCAUUGAAUCGCACCGGUUGAGAUUGAGGACGGAAACGAGGACGUUCUUUCCACUUGCAACAAGGACCGCGUUAGCGACGCUCGCUUUCGGUACUAGCAGUCGUGUCUCGGCGAAACGAAAGUUGUAAGUAACGGAGCCUCCGGUGAUACACUUGUACAUCCGACAUUACGACAUUUACGUGGAACAUUCCAGAAAGACUCAUCGCAGCGGAUCGAGUCGCGCUGUGCGAUUUGGAAUCGACACCUCGUCGGGUUUUCCGGAGAGCGGGGGAAAAAGUUCGCUUGAAUUAACGUGACUCAUUAAUAAACGGGUCAAACGCGUCUCGGUCGAAGAAAGCAGAAUUUCUGCCUCUCAUAAACCCAAUUCAGCCUUAAGAAGCGGAAAUUCUGUUUCCUUCGGCCAAUACGCGUUCGCUUCGUUCAUCGUCGCGUUAACCCGGGCAGAACAAAUUCCUUAAAGACCUCUUAAAGACGUCUGAAAAAUAUCUAAGAAAGGAAAAAAAUAGAACUUUUUGGACGGUGUUGCUUCCACGUUGCUCAAAGCGAUCGCUUCUUCGCGGACUUCUCUUUUCUUUCACCAGACGUAUCGUGUAUGUUUGAGUAGCGCACGCGAUACCGAAAGUUUUAUCUUGACUUUCCUACUGGAAAGUACUGACGAGACAGUCUCGUGAAAUCGUGCAGAUUUUCGCACGUUUUCUGCAAAACUCUAAUUUUAUACAUACGAGAGAGAGAGAGAGAGAGAGACGGAUUACGGUUGUUGAACGGAUACAACGAGUAGCUCUCGAGAUAAAAAGAACAAUCGCUAUUUAUAAUUCUAAUUUUACGAUAUAUUUUAACGAGCAGCUAUGAAUGAAAUAUUAGUCGUAGCUUUGUGUACUUAGCUCAGCUUUCCGCGAUUACGUAUUAACCUACAGUAUUCAGAUACAUAAUCUCCCUCCUUAUUGCAAUCAGUGUAACUAGUCAUCGCGAUCGUAUUCGAAGCUGUACCGUUGUUAAUUCGACGGGGGGUCGGUGCGAUUCCAUUUUCCUUCGUUUCGA